AUGAUUUCCUGGAGAACAGCGAUAAUCAUCCUUCUAUUUGUUCCAACAUCAUUCUGUGCUGAUGCCAGACUUUUGGAAAAGAGACUUUUGUCCAACUACAGCACCAUCGUCAAACCUAGACGAGACCAGACUCAGUCGGUGCUGGUCAAUCUCACAUUUACCAUGAACUCAUUGAGGACAGUGGAGGAACGCUAUCAAUAUAUCACCUUCAUGGGUUGGUUCAUUGUCACAUGGUACGACGAUUUCCUGUCGUGGGAUGAAAAAGAGUUUGUAGGACUGAGAUCGGUAAAUAUUCCAUAUACCAAAGUCUGGGUCCCUGACAUCAGUCUCUACUUCUCGGAGACAAACACACAUGAUCUGGGCGUGAAUCCGUUCGUUUCCGUUUAUUCUAGCGGUUUGGUUGUAUGGUAUCCCGGUGACCAGUACACAAUAGAGUGUCUCCUGGAUAUCCAGAAGUUUCCUUUUGAUAAACAGUCAUGUGAGUUGCGUAUCGCCGCCUGGCAGACGACUGACUGGAUGCAAAAACUUUUCCCCAAAAGGAGAUUUAAUGAAAUGAAACAGAUAUCAGAAAAUGGCGAAUGGGAGUUCAUUAAAACUGAUUUGAAGUCUGUUUUUGUUCGCGAAUUCAACAUGACUGAAGUAAGGUAUACGAUAUUUCUAAGAAGACGCCCAUUAUAUGCUAUGAUGAGUACUGUAUUCCCAGUCGUGUUACUGGCCAUCCUCAGUUCUUUAUCUUACGGUCUUCCAGUGACUUCCGGUGAAAGAAUGACAUAUUGUUUGACAGUCCUGCUAGCGUUUACUGUUUUUCUGACGCUAUUUGAAGAAAAUAUGCCGCGGAAAUCUACAAACAUUCCUUAUUUGUCCCUAUAUCUCUGUAUUCAUUUGAUUUCUAGUGUUUUUUCUAUAUUUGUGUCAGUCAUCGUCAUCAGAAGCCACCAUAUAAUGAUCAAGAAACUAGAAAUAUUUACAGUUCAAAAAGAGGUCGUCAUUCGACAAGAUUACGAAAACAAGGCAUUCCAGAAUUCACCAGAAAAGAAUAAAUCUUCAAAAGAUCACCCCCAUGAUAAAAAUUUUAACAUGGAGACAAAGAGCACCGAGGAAAAUAAAUACAAACCAGAUGUUAAGGAUGAUGUUGAUGACAAAGAGCAAACCUCUGAAAAAGAAAUCUUUGACGACAUGCUAGACGAUGGAAAUCGUACUUUACCUUCCUGCUGUGAUCAGAUGUUGGGACAAAAAUUUGUGAGUAGAAGUUUGGAUAAGCUAAUGCUCAAAAUAAGUGUUGCCUUCACACUGUUAAGCACUGUCGGACUUGGGCUGUUGUUUUACCUCUGA